GAAUCGACGAUCGUCGCACAUAGAGUUACACAAUGUGGUGUCUUUGCCUGUUUCUUGUAAUUGCUGAACUUAGUCUGGUCAGCGCACAAAAUUGUCCGAGGUACUGGUUUAGAAACAACGAAGAAUCUUACUGUUAUCGAUACUUCAGUGGCCUACAGACAUGGCAGAAAGCCCAAGACAUAUGCGAGACGUAUGGGGCUAAUUUGGCCAGCAUUAAAGACGAAUCGGAAAAUGAUUUUGUAUUUAAACUCCAAGGGUAUGGAUGUAAUAACGGUAUUUGGAUUGGGCUAUCGGACAUAGUUACAGAGGGAACAUUUAAGUGGUUUGAUGGAAAUGCUUUGGUAUACGAGAAUUGGCAUGUUGAUGAACCGGACAAUAAUGGCGACCAAGACUGUGUUGAAAUUGAUGGCAGUAGAGGAGUCGAUUAUUCCAAGUGGAAUGAUGCUGUGUGUACUGAUACAAAACCGUUCGUAUGUAAAUGGUUUUUACCGCUGUGAUUACGUCACAUACACGAUACCCGCC